UUAUUUUGUUGUAUUGUAUUUUUUUAAUGCCAAAAAAUACCACUGCCAUUCUUGAAAAGAAACGAACAAUAUUUCGUUCUCGUGGCAAAUCCACAGCAAGUGUAGAUGAAAUAAAUGCAUCGUCACAUAUUAAAAAGUUUCUAACAAUUGGCCCUGCAUUACCAAAUGUUCCAGUCAAUAAUAAUGCAAUAGAACAUAAAGAAAAACCACGGGUACACCCUACCCAUAACAGCAAAGUAAAUAAUAGUACUAAUAAUAGUGGAAACAAUCCAUAUGACUUUCUAGAAGAUGGAAAAUUAUUACCAGGACAUCCAGUGUUAUUACAAACCACUGCUGAUGGAAAAAUACAUGCAUCCAGAGCUCAGAAAGAGAAAGAAAGAUACCCAGAUCGAAUUAGCUUAGAUAGGAGAGGACUAUCUGUGUUACCAAUCAUUGAUGGUGAACCCCGAUUACGUUUAUUAUCAAUGCAACAUAAUCUAUUAACAAAAUUAGAUGGACUCCACUCACAGAAUUUUGUACAUUUAGUAUUUUUAGACAUCUAUGACAAUCAAUUAGAUCGAAUUAGUUCAAUGGAUUCAUUAAUUAGUUUAAGAGUAUUGUUGAUGGGUAAAAAUCGAAUACGUAGAAUUGAAGGAUUAAAAUCAUUGAUUAAAUUAGAAGUAUUGGAUUUACAUGGUAAUCGUUUAUUAACAUUAUCCGGUCUAUCAACAUUAACCGAAUUAAAAGUAUUAAAUGUGGCUGGUAAUCAAAUUAAAACAGUUGGUACUCUAGAUUUAAAAGGUUUGAAAUUAUUACGUGAAGCAAAUUUUCGACGUAAUAAAUUACGGAAAUUAUUAGGAUUUUCGGAAACACCACAAUUAGAAAAAUUAUUUCUUUCGAAUAAUGAUCUACAAAGCGUUGAAGACAUGAGCAGCUUAGCAAAAGCAAUAAAUUUAAAAGAAAUAACAAUCGAUAAUAAUCCAGUAUCGUUGGGCGGUGAUUGUGUAUCAUUCUUAGUAUCAUAUUUGCCAAAUUUAAAUCAACUAAGUGGUAUGCAAAUCACAGAUCAAGUUCGUAAAGCUGCAAUGGUAUGGCGUCACAACAAGGAGCUAUCAAAUAGCACUUUUAUGGAUUUAACCACUGAUGUAUGUUCAAAUAUACGACGCGAGGAAGUUAUCUCAAAUGCACGCACAAAUUGGGAGCUGUUACGUUCUCAAACUAAAUGCUUAACAUCAUGUACAACGAAUACAUACUUCAAAGACUUAAAAACAGAUUGUGACUUAGUGAUUGCACCCACAGAUUUUACACUGGAAAAGGGAAAACGUCGUAGAUCAUGUUCGUUACGACGAUCACAAUCUGUGGAAACAGAAAAUUCACAACAUACAUCGUCCUCAUCAACAAAUAGUGAUAAUUUAAAGUUACCGCCAAUUUUAGUACCUAUGAUGAAUAAUUUAGAAAAAUUAGAAUCUAGAAUCACAUCGUCGAAUAAAUGUUUGAGUAUUAAACAAAGUACAUGGGAUUUAACUUCGAGUAUCGAUCCAAAUAUUAAUAGUCCUGUCAGUUCGUUACAUUCGUCUAAUUCGAGUGAUUCUAGUGAUUCAGAAGAAAUUGUGGAGCAAAAUAGUGAUAAACCAAAAGCAUCAACUCCAAGUGAAAGUCCUUCUUUAUUACCAAAUGUUAUCUCGAAAUUAGCAAUAUCCAGUGAGCCAGAAAUGAAAAUUACGCCGACUCCAAUUAUAUCAACGGAUAAUUCGAGUACCAUAUCGACAGGGUCGACUACCUCAAAUUAUUCUCGAACUACUGCUUCUUCGUGUGGAGAAUCAAAUAGUAGCAAAGCAGGAACUGUACGUUCUCAAUCUUCUCAGCGCACUGUAAAAAGUGCAAUGCCAAUAAAGAAAUUUCCCCACCAUCAUCGAAUAAAUAUACGAGCAGCAACUGCAAAACCAAAGGCACGAAAAAAUUGUCAAUCUUCGCCGGCAGGAUCACUUCCAACUAAAGAUCGAGAGCAAGGAAGUGAUUACUUAGCUGAAAUUUGUGGAAGAUCCUUAAAUAUUUAUGGACAUGGUGCAUUACGUUACAUCGAUAAAUCAUGGAGUUCUGAAAAAGCAAACGAUGUUGUUACCGUAAAAUUCACUUAUGUGAAUUUUAACGGGAUCACAUGUGUUUUAACAAAAUUAAAAAAUCGUUUUCCAAAUGCUGAAAGUUUUAUAUUUCGUGAAACAAAUAUUUAUUGUUUGGGUCAGAUUAAUGCACUCGCUGAAGUUCAAGGUUUAUAUUCAUUGGAAAUUGAGAGUGAAGGAAAUCCUGUGACAGAAAAAAAUUGGCGAAGUUAUGCUAUUUUUCGAUUAACUCAUUGGGGUUUAAAAGUCAUUAAUAAUAUCGAGGUGACUGAAGACGAAGUUACAAAAGCGAAUGAAGAAUAUCAAAGCUUAAGUGAUUUGGUAGCAUGGUCGUUACCUGAUGCUUUGCUACAACCACUAUUACAACGAUUGCAAGUUGAAAAUCCACCUGCAAAUAAUCUAAGCGCAAAACAAUGGCUGUUUAGUGCUGAUCCAGCAUUAAAAAGUGUUGUAUCCAAAGAGGCAUUACAAUGGCAUCGAGGAGCAAUUUCGCAAGAAGAUUUAAUUUGGCGUCAGAAGGCUCGUAAUCAAUUUGGAAUAUUAAUUGAUAAUACAUGCGAUGCAAUUGAUAAAUUGAAUUUGUUGGAAAAAGAAUGGAAUUCCAUUUUGAAAGAUAUUGUUCAAAGCACUUUAUUGGAUUAUUCGCAGAUGAAUACGUACAUGAAAGAUCGAAUGAAACAAUUAAAAUAAGAAAAAUUGUAGAUUUUCCAUUAAAAAUUGAAAGGGGAUUUAUUUAUCUCAAGAUUUAAAGAGGAUGUCACUUAGAGAAGAUCAGAUCAUGACAAAACAAUUGUGAAAAAUUUCUAAAUUGAAGGAAA